AGGAUGGAGACAUAUUCUGUCGUGUUCUAUCAAAACAGAUUUUUCUUCCCGAUGAAGAACUUGAUAUUGAACACAGGUAACUAAUGAUAUAUGUAAUGCUCAUUUCCUGGAUAAAUCUUAUAAAAGCUAACUUUUACUGAUAGUGAUACUAUACAUUCCGCAUAAGGCGUUCGCCUAUACAAAGCGACAUCCUUGUGCGUGCAGAGUUAUCAAUCGACGAUUUCACGUGUUGUUAGUUUCAUACAUUAAGAUUUCACAUAAUAUGAAGUGCUGACUUUAUCAUACAUGCAUAUAUGAAUUGAUUUCUGAUGUUGAAAUUUCAGAUAUUGAUCGAUUACGGAUUUUAGAAUUAAUUAACAUAUAUUAUAAAACAUUUUCCGUUUUGAUAUACAGUUAUAUCAACACUCGUGGAAAUUGGGAAAACUCGAAAUUGUGUGGAAACACGACGCCACGAGUGUUGAUAUAACUGUAUAUCAAUACAGAAAAAUGUUUUAUAUUUUUUAUAAUAUAGCACAAAGAAAUAUAAAGAAAGAAAUCUUCCGUGUUGAUAUCGAGCUGUAUCAACACGGCUCUUAGCCAAUGCAAUUUUACUUCACAUAUGGUAUAGAAAUUUCACAUGUGAAAUUACUGAUUCAACGCGGAAGUUCCGCCGGAAAAAUUAACAAAUCGCAUAAUAUACGUUUUAGGAGCGGACCAUUAGAAAAGUGAUUGGGGAAGCAAAAUCCAUCCCUUACGUCUGUGUUAAUUGAAAUAACAUCUCGCAUGUUGGGUCAUGACUUUAUUCAGGGUGUGCACGGGCCUCGAAAAUCCUGGAAAGUCCUUGAAAAGUAUUGCAUGUCCUUGAAAGUCCUGGAAUUUCUUUCCAUCUGUGCUGGUAAUACUUGAACAUUAUUUGGACUAAUUAUAUGGAUUUCGAAUAAAUAGUAAUGUUUUAAAAAGCAAAGUCCUUGGCAGUUUUUCCAGUUUUAGAUCCUUGAAUUUACUGAAAACAUUCUUGAAAGUCCUGGAAAUGUGCUGGAAUUUCAUCUUCACUGGUGGAUGGAAAUCCUGUUUAAUUUAUAGAUGAUUAGGGAAAUUAAGGAGUACGGACCAUACAUGCAGCGGUUCCCGGCUGUAUACCACUAUCUCCCAACCCUAUAGUUACGCCAUCCAACUGUGUUUCACACCCAGCCACGAAAAAGGAUUUCUUUCUGCUAAGUCCAUACGCAUAAAAUUAACAUUGCUUGCAUGUGUUAUCUAAUACUACUGCUUUUUUGGUAAAUUUAGUGAAAAAAUUGUGUGUGAUUUGUUUGGAUGCCAAAAGAUAUUUACCAGCGUUGCCAGGUAUUUAUUUUCUGAAUUGAGGUGAAUCAUAUUGUGCUUCUAGAUAUUUUUUAUUUUCCAUUGCGCUUUCAUUGACACAUAUUGAUUGGCGUGUCUUCCCCUUAACAGCAUUUUGUCAUAUUUACUCAGCUGUAAACAUUUUUGCAGAAAACAGCAUAAUUAUUAUAUUAUUAUUGGAUAAGAGCUUGUUGUACAUUUAAUCCUGAUCAAUGCAGAUUGGUGAUGAACAAUAUGUAUUAAUUGUAGCUUUGCAGCAGUGGAUCAAGUGGUUCUUCAUUGACCGGUCACGUUUUGCUACCACUGCAAUUUAUAUCGAAUGCAUAUGAUUCUCGCAAAUGAUAAAGUUAGAUCGCGGGUGAAUAGUCAAGAAUAGUUGAGAACGUGUACAGUAGUUAUUGACCAUAGUUAAUUUAUUUGUUUUAUUAUUUUUUUAACCUAAAAAAAUACUUUUUUAUGUAGUUACGAAGCUCACUAUGGCAGUUUCCACAGAAACAUUUGCCUUGAAUGUCAUCGAUCAUUUCCCUCAAACUUUCUCUUGGAUUUGCAUAUUUUAGAAAAUCACGAUGUUCUCUUUAAGUUAAUGUCUAAUGCCAAGUAUACGGUUGGUAACUAUUUAAAGUUGGCUUAUUUGUAUAUAGGUUUACGUAUACAUGGGGAGGAGUAUACUAUAUCUAAUAGUAAUGCAGUGUUACCCUUCGACACUUCGUACGUUUGAUAACAUAGCAAAUGUUUAUAAGCUGUGCUUGAUUAUACUAUUCACUUACGAGUUGAACAAUCAUUCAGUAUAGAAAUAUACAAAGCACGUAGAAGAUUCUGCGGAAUCAUUAAAUCCUUAUUGAUAGUAAAGGUGUGAUUGUGAAUUCCUCCACUCUCCAUUUGCCUCAAUUAUUUACUUGCAGCUCCGCCCAUUUUACUGAAUAUGCAGGCUGAAAGUGGCGAAUCCCACAUUUUUCUGAAUAGAUCAGCCUGCUUUCUGUUGUUUUACCUUUCGGUGUGUUUUCUUCGUUACAUAGCACAGGUGCCUGGUUGAAAGUUGUCCCGACAAAUUUUCAAAUGACGAUGAGCGAAAGGUAUAGCUUAAUCCGUUUUAAUUUUAUGUAUGCUUUUUUCAAACAAGCUCGAUUUUAUAUUGCCGCAAAUAUUUAUAAUACUUUAUAUUUUAAAUAAAUUACACGAUACAAAUAUAUUUGUAAUACUAAUUAUAUAUUGUAUUACUAUUAAUAUUAUAAAAUAUUUACAUAUAUUAACAAAUUUUAUUAUUUGUAAACAAGGAACAUCUGGUUACAGUUCAUAAGUACCCAGCAAAUUUUCGUUUCAAUCGCCCAACAAGAAAACAAAGGAAACUGACGGAUGCUUCUGAGGAUAUGGAGAUAACAAGUAACAUGGUAUAAAGAUAGUUCUGUAUAAAUUAUUUAUUGUCCAAUUUGUCACAAAAGGUCUGUGAAAAGGUGAAUUGUAUUCACUGUGCAUGAUUUCAUUAAAUUUGCAAACAUAAUUCCUGUUCUAUCCAUGCAUGCGUACAUCAUUUGACUAUAUUCUUGUUCUUUCUUUUAGAACAUUCAAGCCAAUGUUACCACUACAAGAACAGAAAGGUACUAAGCUGCUAAUAAAUAGAAUUUUCAUGUCAUGUUCGAUUUCGAAUGUCGCUGUAUAGGUACCGGUGUUCAGCCCGUUGUGGGUUCACGGCACCAGCUGCAAUACCACACCUGUUUCUGAACUUGCUGCUGCAGUUCAGGUAAAGAAUGCAAUUGGGCCUUAACGCUAAAUGGCACUCUCUGGUGAAGACACUAGACUGAGCUUUCGAAACGUAGGGUCGCAAUAGACCUUUUUAAUAACAAGGUCAAACGCGGAUAAACGCUUAAUACAUUGUGGCACGUUAUCGUUGCCGCCAAUCAAAUUUUAUGUAACAUUUGCAUUGCGAAUUGUCGCUAAAAAUUUUCCCCGUGGGACAUCGCAUAAAGGUCCAGACACACCGGACGCGAUUGACAACGCGACGCGAUUUUUCGAUUUUCACUGACCGAUAACUUUGAUCCUAGUUUAAAUUUUCCAAAUAUUUAGAAGCGCUAUAACAUUUUGAGUUAUAUAAUUAUUUGGUAUACAUAUCUUUCAAAAAUUUCUCUCAUUGGCUAUAAUAUUAACUUUCAAAAACUAAAAAAUCGCGUCGCGUUGUCGAAUCGCGUCCGGUGUGUCUGGACCUUUAAGCUGUUCAUUCGCGUUUGGCGUCAUUAUGAAAAAUAUCUGUUGUAUAUAGUCAUUAAUUUAAUCAGAAUAUAGUGAGGGAAAAUAUGUAUAAAAAAGAACUUGUUUCAUUUCUAUACGUCUCAUCUUUAUGUUUAUGUUUUAGUUCGACUGACAGUAUGGAGGUGGCAGAUGAGCAUGUUCUGGAAAAAAGAAGGUAUCGUUAAAACCUGUUGUUGACUGAAGAUAUCACCCCCAUCGGGGGCCCUUUUCAACUUCACCAAAAGUUAAAUAUGAGCUAAAAUGAAAAAAAGAUAAAUACCACAACCCGCCAUGUUAGAUAUGUACUGUAUAUGAUAUGUACUGUAUAUCCGUGAAGUCACAACCGAAGUAAAAUUAUUUGACAAUUGAGCAAUUCUUGUAUCGCCUCCGAGCCAACGGCGCGAGGAUACUAAUUCCGCCCAGUUAUUUACACCCGGGGAAAGGAACGCAUUAGCGAACUCUAAAGUUCAUCAAUAAUCGCGGGCGCAUGGCUAUGGUUCACCGUUUACCGUUCGGUGGGUGGUCAUCCUCACUGAUCUCAAAAUAAAGUGAACUGUCAUGAAUAGCGAACAAGGCUUUCUAAAAGAAGGGAGCAAAGACGCCGACGUUAAUGAAGGUAACUUUGUUUUAGAUAUUGAUGUAUUACUGCUUUACAAACUGAUCGUUGCGUAUAAUGAUAAAAGACAGCAUAUAAUUUCAGUGUAUGUUUAUUAAUUACCCUUUUUAUUAUAUUAAAAUCUUCUUAAAUAAAGAGGAAAGCAAAGUUAUUUUCAUACAAGAAUUUGAAAUCAUUUUAUUUCAUACUCAAAGUUUAUCGAUAAAAGGCAGUUUAGUUUUAAGAACAUUUUAAAUCGUUUUGCGAAGCGUUUGUGGUUGACCUUCAGUCUUUACAUUAAAUUGAAGGGUUAUAUUACGUCUAAUAACGUCUAAUAACAUACCUAACAUAUAUAUGUUUGGGAAAUUGAUAAUUUUGUAAUUAAAAGUGAUAUUUUGGGGGAUUUUUCAAUUUUAAAAACAUUCUUAAUAAAAUUAUUGUGUUACCAUGACAACUAUUUUAAAUACUUCAUGUUCGGAAAAUAUAAUGGUUUUGUUAGUAAGGCGAGGGUUUCUACAUGCAUGUAUUUCUAGUUACAAUACACAAGUUUAAUAUUUAGCUGAUUGUUUAUGAAUUCUACUAACCUUUACUCUGGUUUGUGACCUCACUUAAUAAUUAGUUCUAAUUGAGAAACAAAAUGUCUAGUACGUAAAUAUUAUUAACAUAGUUUUUGUUAGCAUUUCCGAGUUAUCUGUUAGCACUUUGGAUGAUUGGCAAUUCUUUGCGUAUAGGCACAGGGAGCAGAGGAGUCGAGUUUGUCUAGUAAAACAAGACAAACACCGUCUUACCUUGUUAAUUGUAAUAUAUUUCAUUGUAGAAUCCCAAACCAUUAAUACCAAAAUAUGAAUUUCAAUAUUAAAAUAUACUCCGCUGCCUUGCAUUAUCUUAGCCUCGUAUUUUCCAAUCUCGUACCCAGAGCACGCGGGCUAGGAAGGCAUUGGCUCUGGGGAAAUAUAAUUUUUCCUGUGCUGUGAUUGGUUUAACGUUUAUCAAUAGUGCAUGCCGACAUAGAACCGGAACCCCUAAAUUUAGGGGUUCCGGUUGUCUAUUUCCCCAGAGCCAAUGCCUUCCUAGCCCGCGCACAGGCAUUGCUCUGGGUAUGAGAUUGUGUAUUUUCCGAAAAGCCAACGAACACUGACCGAGAGCGCAACGAAUAACAAACGAAGAAAGGGAGGAAACAUUGGAGAUCUUUCGUGGCAUGUGCACCGCAACACCCUAUGACGGAAAUGAAUAAAACCGGAAGACGCAUUGACCAAUGACCUAUAACUUCAUUUAACAGUUGUAAUUAGUUAUCGAAUUUUGAAUUCAAAUUCGCGUAAACAUUAAACAACUGUAAAUGUAAAAUAUUAUUUGAAAAUGUAAAAUAUGAUUUGAAACAUGGAGAGAUUUAAUUUUUAAACGGCAUGCGAUGGAUAUCGUUGAAGUCGAGGAAAAUUUUUUGAACAUUUCGAACAGAGACAAACAUAUCUUUGUAUCUAGCUAACUUAGUAAAGUAAUUCAUUCAGCAAUCCUCAGUAAAUAUUUACUGUAACCGUUUACCAAUUGUCUCAUUUUGUUCAUAUACCUUACAUUUAUAUGGAAUUUUCAUAUUAUGCUUGAUGUUAGUUUUUCAAAAUCGAAACAAUUCACUAUGAAAUUUGAAUCAAUCAUGCAUCAACACGAAAAAAUACGUCACUUCCGUCAUAGGGUGUUGCGGUGCACAUCGUACGAAAAUAAUCGAUGAAUAUUGUAUACAAAAAAUUAUGUUUUUUAUGAAAUAUUAAGCAAGUGCCAUCCUAAAAUAUCAUUCCAAUGACUGUUUCCUCCCUUUCUUCGUUUCCUAUUGUCAAUGAAAUAUAUUACAAUUAACAAGGUAAGAUCGUGUAUAGGUACCUGUAUAUAACGUGAUAACGUCGUUUUUAGUUGAUUCCAGCCGUUAUUCAUGUUCCUGAAUAAAUAUGUCAUAUAUUUGACUGAAUUUAUAUCGCCUUGUGAUAGUUUCUGGGAUUUUUUUAAAUCGCCUAAUCAACUAUUGUAUUACAAUUUAAGAGUACCAAAAGGCAUUUGUUUUGGUCGUGGGUCAAUGAUGGCAUUCCAAAGAAAAGGACAAAGCCGACGAGGGCGUAAAUAAAAGUGACGUUGUAAGAAAGCAUGGACUGGACAAGUAGUUGUUUAAGGAAUGAAAGAUUUAUAUAUUGGUUGAAAAGAAAUCGAAAAAUACAUGUGUUGUUGAAUACCCCCCCCCCCCCAAUAAAUUAACGUUCUUUGAAAUAUAAGAAGCCCUAUGACAAUUGUAAUAUAAAGGCUGUAUAAUUAACAGUAAAUUUACCUUUUUUAUUCUAACUUUCAAAGCAUUGAUUUAGAUCUACGGUUUUAUUAGGUUCUUAUUUAUGGCUUCACCGUGCAAAGUCUUUGUAAAGCCGGUUCCCACUUGACGAAUUUGCUUAAAUUACAGUACUGCAUGGUCAGAAUUAGAUAGAGAAAUGCUAAAUAAUUGUAAAAUUAAAUAAAUCAAACGUAGCUAUUAGUCUAGGACCUGCAUAUGAGUUUGU